AUGUCGUCGUUAAGACGAAUCAGCCAUCAAGGCUCUGCCACAGCUGUCAUGGAACUUGAGCCUAUCAAUUCUCCGCCACGAGCAUCUGAGAAACAGUUUCCAGUGGAGUCGGGCAGAAGACUUGGUCAGGAUGAAUUCGAUGAUGAUCAUGAACGACGUGAUCAAAACGAAACACUACCCUCUCCCACUGUCGCUUCCCAUGAAGCACUGGAAAGAUGGAAUGUACCAAGGUCGAACCUCUACCGGACAUUCGCGGCCUUCUGGGGUUUUGCGAUCAUGCCGUUCUCUAAAGACAGUGCCAGANUUGCUUUUGCGGCCGUCGAAGUCGCUACAAGCUUGUGGGCUUUCUGGGGCCAGACUGGAGAAGUAUUUCGUCUUGCACAUCCUAGAACCACCGACCAGACGGGCAACAGAAUGAAAGAGGCCUUGCUCACUAUGCCUAGUGCCCGAGUCACAUGGCUGUGUGCCUUGUUCCUGCUAGGCUACGUCGGCAUCGAAGUAGCUCUCGGUGGCUGGAUCACUACAUUUAUGCUUCGAGAACGUCACGGUGGUGCGUUCGCCUCUGGAAUGACAGCAACUGGCUUCUGGCUCGGAAUCACGGUCGGCAGACUGGUACUCGGCUUCGUAACACCACGCAUUGGCGAGAAGCUGUCCAUUGCCAUCUACCUUCCGAUCGCUACUGGCCUCGAACUUCUCUUCUGGCUCGUUCCGCAAUUUUACGUUUCUGCCGUUGCGGUCGCACUACAAGGCUUCUUCCUGGGUCCAUUAUUCCCAGCCGCUGUGGUUGCGACAACCAAGCUUUUACCCAAGCACUUGCAUGUUAGUGGCAUCGGAUUCGCCGCUGCCUUUGGUGGAUCGGGCGCCGCCAUUUUCCCGUUCGUGACUGUAAGCCGUGGAGCCUUUGCCUCCAAAUUGUGUGCUCAUGCUAAUCGUACUUUUACCUUAGNNGGUGUCAUUGCACAAGCAAAGGGUGUGCAAGUUCUUCAGCCAAUCAUUCUGGCACUCUUGGUUGUCAUCUGGCUGUUCUGGAUAUCACUUCCCAGAAUCGAGAAGAAGAGGGAUUGA